ACGAAGCACGUUAAUGGCGUCUCCUCAUUUCACACAAAUCGAAUCUUCACUAAACCCUCCUCUCAUGCACUCCUUCCUCCUCUCCUGUCUCCUCUCUCUCUCCCUCUUCUCCUUCAUUUCCGCUACCUACUUCCUCCUCAAAGCUUCCCGCCGCAGAGCUCCCGUCUCCGAAUCCGAAAAAAAACUCGAACCUUUGGAGAUUUCUGACGCUACCCAUUACCAAACCGGCGAAGACGAGGAGACCCGUUUAGCAAAAUCGCGUCUUUACGAGUUACUGCUUUGCGAUGAUAAGGAGAAGGAGAGGGAGAAGGAGAAGGAGGAGUCUGAUUGGGAUGAGGAAGUCUCUGACAAGAAGAGGAAGAAGAAGAAGAGAGGUAAGAAGAAGAAGUCGGAGGUCAGAGGAGGUGUUGAAUCCGGCGGCGAUGGGUUGGUUUCGAAAUCGGAGAUGAAGCCGGAGUUUGUUUGCUUGUAUCCUUUUACAUCGUCGAGUAGUGCUACGCAGAGGAAGAUCAAGCAGCAAUAUGAUCAUCUUGUUAAAUGCAAUAGUGAUAAAGGAUUGACCUUGGCUCAGGUUGGGGAGUUUGCUAACUGUUUGAUAGAAGCCAAAAAUGAAUUACAGAACAAGUCGGAGGUAAUCAAGCGUAAGUUUUCAAUAACGAAAGCUCUUCUAUUCAAGGCUGAUAGAUCUUCCUUUGACAGACUUCGUCAACAGAUCUACAAGCUGGAGAUGGAACGAAAAAGAGUAGAAGAAGAUGCACUUGUAUAUAAUUGGCUCCAACAACAACUAAAACUUUCACCUGCCUACAAAAAGGUUCUUGAGAUAAGCGCUUCCAUGGAACUCAAAGAAAAAACGAGUACAGAGUUAGACAGUCAAGAUGAUGAAGUUUCAGACAUCUCAUUCGAAGAGCUACUGGAACAGGAGAAGAAAGACUCCUUUUGGCAUAAAAAUGGAAGAUUACGAACUUGCAGCAGGACAUGAAUUAGUGACUGAAAAUGUUGUUUGCUCUACCGUGAGCUCAGCCGGAGAACCAAAGUCCUUUUCUAAGUGAUGUGUAUAGAGAAAGAGAGAGAGAGACUUAAACAGACAAAUUAGUACAUUACCCGGUUAUCAAAUAGAUUUUUUGGUUCGGUUUCGGUUUGAGUUACAUUUUUACGGUUUAUAAUAUAGCAGUUUGUACUUUGUAGUGAUGGCUGUUUUUUUUUUUUUUU